UUUUCUGAGCAAAGUGUCAUGGCGUGGUCAAACGUUUCUCGUACUUGGUUGAGUUUAGUUUAAAUACGCGGGUCGGAAGUGUGUGGAUUGCAAAGUGAAAGUUUAUUUUCGCCAUGGCGGGCGGAGGUACGUCUUCCUCCACAAAAGUGGUGCAAAUAACAAAUAUUGCACCGCAGGCUACGAAGGAUCAGAUGCAAAACUUGUUCGGCAACAUUGGAAAAAUUGAUGAGAUCCGGCUUUAUCCGACGGUCCGAGAUGUAUCCUGCCCGGUGCAGUCGCGCAUUUGCUACGUUAAGUACUUCGAAAGCAACUGCGUUCCGGUGGCCCAGCACCUCACCAACACUGUUUUCAUUGAUCGCGCUUUGAUAGUGAUUCCCGUGCAGAGCAUUCCCGAUGAGUACCGCGCGUUGGAGAUGUCCAAGAACGGCACCAUUGUGCCGGGUCUGCAGAAGUCAGACUCGAAACUUCCGCCCGAGGUAGUGAACCGAAUUGACGGCGUCCCGCCCCAACAGGUGAUCAGAACUCAUGACCCAAAGUUGGACGAAAAUCAUCUCCCUCCAUAUCCGCCGCUACCAUUUCAUUAUGAUUCGCGGCGCGUAGAAGAAAUUCGUCGCACAAUUAUUGUCUGCGACGUGAGGAGCGACUGGCGGUUGGACGAUUUGAUGAGUUAUUUCGCCCGAGCUGGGGAAGUAAAAUACGCGCGAUGGGCUGAAAAGGACAACAAGACAUACGCUAUGAUUGAGUUCUGCGAUCAGCGUAGCAUCAUUGACGCACUGAAAAUGCAAGGAAGUGAAUUCAAAGGAUCUCUCCUGAAUGUUUACCACGCAACCGAUUCAAUCGUAAAACCAGAAGCAAAAAGCAACGAAGCAGCUCAACGUGAAAUUGAAGAGGCAAUGUCAAUUGUGAAAGAAGCUCAAAGUAUGAUUUCGGCUGCUAUUGACCCUGUUAUCGGCAUGUUAGCGAAAGACAAACGCCGACGAUCACGUUCGCGAUCUCGGUCGCGUGAACGACGACGUUCUAGAUCACGUUCGAGGAGACGUUCUAGAUCCAGACGUAGAUCACGUUCACGGACACGCAAGCGUUCGCGAAGCAAAUCUAAACGUCGAUCACGUUCUCGAUCCAAACGUUCCCCCUCGCGCAAGCGAUCGCGUUCACGAUCAAAACGAUCACGAAGCCGUCGCCGAUCACGUUCACAUUCAAAAAAGUCACGAUCUAGAGAACGUCGCCGUCGUUCACGCUCUCGUCGUCACGAACGUAGCGUUUCGCGUAAUAGUCGCUCGCGCCGUUCACGUUCACGCAGCAAACGUUCACGUUCUCGUGAUCGUAAGCGAUCACAUCGCAAAGAAGAUAAAUCCCGUCGAACACGAUCGCGAAGUAAACGACGCUCACCAUCACGUACCCGAUCGAGUCGUUCCAAGGAUGUUAAAUCAAGCUCAAGCUCUUCAAAACGACGGUCGCGUUCCGCUGAAUCUAGGAAAUUGAAAAAGAUUCCCGAAGAACCGAUUGUUCGCGACUAUGAUGCAGAGGAGAAAUUGGGCCAAACUGGAGGGGAUCAGGCGCUGGCUAGUCAGGAUCGCAAGAAAUCACCCAGCGUAGAAAAGUCAGAUAAUAUGGACAUCUCAAAUUCACCGUGAGCACGAGGUAUAUCUCGUGCCAGGUUUUCAUGAUUUUGACAGUUUAAGAGACGUAGAGAUAGUGUCGACUACCGCAUGUGGGCACCUUUGAAUGGAAAAUAUUAGUAAGUGAUUAACCAAUGCAAAGCCUUUUGCAUUAUUUAUACUUAACGUCAGAUAUUUUGUGAAUAUGCGUUCUUGAAAGAGAUUUUAAUGUGAAAGUUUACUCCAAUUAAUUCGAUGAUUACAUCAAUUGCACAUUCAUGAGUUUGUUUUGCUGAGUAAAAGGUAAAUUUAUUCAACCAGAAA